GCUACCAUGGGGAAAAUCCACUUGGGAUACUGGUUCUUGGCUCUUUUCAUUAUGACCUGGAGUGAUCUGGCUCUCUGUAAGAAACCAAAGCCAAGACCUGGAGGGGGAUGGAACAGUGGCGGCAACCGUUAUCCUGGCCAGUCUGGAGGCUGGGGACAUCCUCAGGGAGGUGGCACCAAUUGGGGUCAACCCCAUCCUGGGGGUUCCAGUUGGGGUCAGCCACGUCCUGGAGGUUCCAAUUGGGGUCAGCCCCAUGCAGGGGGUUCCAACUGGGGGCAGCCACAUGGCGGUUCCAACUGGGGUCAAGGCGGUAGCAGCUACAACCAGAAGUGGAAACCAGACAAACCCAAAACCAACAUGAAACACGUGGCUGGGGCCGCCGCUGCCGGGGCAGUCGUGGGAGGGCUCGGCGGCUACAUGCUGGGGAGUGCCAUGAGCAGGCCCAUCAUGCACUUUGGCAACGAUUACGAAGACCGUUACUAUCGGGAAAACCAGUAUCGCUAUCCCAACCAAGUCAUGUACCGGCCCAUCGAGCAGUACAACAACCAGAACAAUUUUGUGCACGACUGCGUCAACAUCACGGUGAAGCAGCACACCACGACCACCACUACCAAAGGGGAGAACUUCACGGAGACGGACAUCAAGAUCAUGGAGCGAGUGGUGGAACAGAUGUGCAUCACGCAGUACCAGAACGAGCAGCGCGCCGCUUACAGCCUGGCCUUCUUCUCCGCCCCGCCCGUCGCCCUCCUCCUCCUCAGUUUCCUUAUUUUCCUGAUUAUCCCAGAUGCCCAUUCCAUGGAAACGAUAUCCUGAGGCUUACAGCACCCCAUGCGGAAUGGACUCCCGCUGGAGUCCACAGUGCACCAGGGAAAGUAGUCUUUGAAAUUUGCAUGCACUUAGUAAUAUAAAGAUGUUUUAUAGAUUUGUAACUUUGCACGUAUUUGUUUUGAUGUAUUAAAAAUUUAUAAAUGUUUAAUAUCUGACUAAAAAUUAAACAAACAGGCAGCAGAUGAAGUGGA